AUGGCUACCUUUGCUCACACCAUCGCCGCACGUUUCAGGAAUGUCACGCGAACGGUACACACCGCGAUCGAGCGCGCCAUCCGUGACGGACUCCCUUCGCAACCUCCUCCGGUGCGAGGCAAGCCACACCAUGAAGGCAUGAGCGCUGCAUUGCAACUCCACUCCCUCCGAUCGCGUACUGACCUGCAGACACGAAGGGUGAAUUUUGACGAGGAAAACGUUAAGAAGCUGCUUCUGGAGAUCGGAGAGGAAGGUCAUGGAUUGGAAGAGCGGAUCAAGCUGGCGUUGUCGAAGACAGGACGUGGACCAUUGUCGAAGAACAUGAAGAGCACGAGUGGGAAGGACUUGGCCGAGUACGUUGAUCUUUUGGUCACAUCGCUCUAUCUUGGCGAAUGGGAUCGCAAGGAGUCCAACGUCUCGUUUGACGAAUGGGUGAACGAUCCACUGUGCCCAGCGGUAUCGGGUUGGAAGCCUCUCCCAUAUCAGUUGCAAGGCGUCGACGAUCAGGAUUCGACUAAGAACGGCGAUGGAGGCCAGCCGGUGCAGGCUUCGAGACGUAAGCCGGGGACUGGGAUUGGUAGCAAUCUGCGCAGCAGGCUCGUGCCUCGUACGAGACCACCUGUUCGGCCCCCAACGGUGGUGAACGCUGGGGUCGGUCAGAUAGCCAGCACUUUUACGGCAACCAGUACAGCUACAGCAAGCCCAUCGAAUAGCAAAACCAAGCGGAAAGCGGAUGAGAUUGAUGAUGAACACAAUGGAGGAGAUCUGCUCGUGGCAAAGCGCCAGGCUGUUGGUCCUGCAGCCGCCGCUAAGGAACCGGCAGCAAAGGCCUCGAGCGCGCCCCUCAAAGCACCAGCCUUUAUGUCCGCCGGAGGACCGAAGGUCGAUGCAGCCAUAAUUUCUCAGGUAGCGAGCCCGAUCGAUCACGCAAAUGUCUCCGGCGACUCUGGUCAUACCUCAGCUGUCGAUCGCGAGAAGACCUUGGCUCCCGCCGCGCCCAAGACUCUCACCACAGAGCGUGUUGGCACUAGCAUUCACUCCAGUCACACUCUAGAGGCCGCCGGUCGUUGGGGUGGGGAGUCCCUUCUAGCGCCACCCUACAGUCCGCUCACUGAGCCGGGCAGUAAGACGCCCGAUUUCACGUCUCUGCUGUUCGUGGAUUAUCGUUGA